AUGUGUUGGCUGGAUAGACGUAUCGAUGCAAAAAGUUCCCCUCGAGCUUGGCUUCGUCUGUUAGAUGAAUGUGAGAAAGUUAAAAAGCAGAUGUCGGCAAACCAGACUCCUAUUCCUAUAAAUAUUGAGUGCUUCCUUAAUGACAAAGAUGUUACUGGCAAAAUGCAAAGAUCUGAAUUUGAAGAGCUGGGUGCUCCCUUAUUCGAAAAAAUUCGACAACUCUUACUGCGUUUGCUUGAAGAGACUGGAGUAAAGAAGGAGGACAUAGAUUCUGUUGAAAUGGUUGGAGGUUCUUCACGAAUACCCAUCAUUCGUCGUAUAGUUCAAGAAGUUUUCGGCAAAGAUCCAAAAACAACGAUGAACCAAGACGAAGCAGUAGCAAGAGGUGGUGCCUCUGAGGGCGGUGAAUCUGACGUGUUUGUGGAACGUGAUGAGUUUCCAUUCUCAAAAAUGGUCUCGCUUUAUCGAUCUGACACAUUCCAAGUUGAUGCUCGUUACGCACUUCCAAAUACUGUUCCACAUACUACAUCCGUAGUCGGUUCAUGGAGAGUCCUUGGAGUUACACCAAAUGCUGAAGGUCAGCCUCGCAAAGUC